AUGAUUGAUGCAAACAACAACAGCAUUCUAAUUGGACAUAUCUUUACACAUCCAUGGCAUCGUGAUGAAUUCCCACCACUCAACUCCAUGGACAAACUUAAAAAUGGUAUGGACCGACUGCUGAACGACCCAUCGUGCAAGCGUAUGAUCUAUCUCAAUGAACUCGGUGUUAGGCCUGUCGCUCGUGGUUUCAAUAUUGGUAGACUGCUGGUGAACCAUGCACUUGAGAAUCUAUCAAACAACGGUGGUAGUGGUGUUCCAUCUACCGUACAGUUGGUGAGUGUUCAGGGAUCAGCCAGAUUCUGGGAGGCAUUAGGAUUCCAACUUGAACAACUUAAUUUAGAUAAAUCAGAGUAUCUCAAGAAGAACUACGGAUUAGAUGCCGUUUUCAUGACUAAAUAUCUACCGAUAAAACCAAUGGCACACUCCAAUCAUUAUAAUUCCACCAACACAAAUAAUAAUCAAAUUGUAAAGAAAUCUUUGAUUUUAUCAGCAUAUUAA